AUGCCACAAACAAGGCGUGAUAACAAAGGUACAAAACAUCAUACAGAGACAAAACCAGCUGAAGAGCAAUUAUUGAACAAGGCUGCAGAGAUCCAAACACUUGUUCUUCUCUUCUUCUUGCACAUUUCAAGCGGUGGAAAGCUCGGGUUGAACCCGCGAAUUACUAGCGGGACAUUCAACGAACGGCACGACAACCCAGGAACUGUUGGACAGUGGCAAAAGUGGAAGACUAUUGCACCUGGGACAAAACUCAAUACUAGAGAUAUUUUUCGCACUCAAGCCAAGUACGCAGCCAAACUUGCUUUGAAAUUUGAAGAAGAAGGCACUGUACCAUCGUGCGAUCCUGAUCUGAGCCUAGCUCCAAACUUCCCACACGCUGUUGUACCACCAGCAUACCCAACCACAACUGCAUCAACUGGUUCAGUGUCAUCAACAAGAGCAGAUCCUCAUAUGGUGGCCGCAUCAUAUUCAAGCGAAGAUUCAUCAUAUUCAAGCGAAGAUUCAUCAAGCAAAGAACCCAUCAGAGGAGAAACCUCAGCUACUACCAUCACAACCGAAGGAGGAGACUCCAUCCAAAAUAGUAUCUUCGAACCCCAGUCUCAAGCAGACGACAAGAGUGAGUCUGUAUCAGCAAACAACCAAGACCACAACGAGAACAAGCAACAAGAUCACUCAGAAUUGUCGGUGUCUUCAAACGAGGAGUCAGUCCCAAAACGAAUCUCCACGAUGUCUGACGGCAAGCUCAAAGUCUGUCUCAACGGAAUUUCUUACUCCAGUUUUGUCUAUGCACAGCAGGAUGGCAGCACAGGGGAGCGCAGCACACAUGAUAGGACAUAUUUUAAAGAGACGCUUGCCAUUAUCAAUCUCCCCGCGGUGGGCAAACCAAACCUGGUAAACAACACAGACACCAUCUUGAAUUUUGAGUUGCCUCAAGGCGCCAAUGUCGCCAUACCACUAGAUUUCAUCGACAGACAUACCGGCAAUCUCAUUUUUCACAAUCUGGCAGCCCAGAUGCGUAUUGGUAUGGCUCAUUCUGCAGAUGAGGUGGCCGGCUUGAUCAGACUACGGAUGGAGUUUCCUAGCGCACAGAACUUCCGUCACCUCUCCUUUGACCUUUUAGAAGGCCAGACGAUGAUCAUUCGAAGCAGAUCAGUUGGCCACCAAGCCAGCAAAAAUCAAGCAAACACCAGAAAGCAAGUUAUCGAACGGAUGGAAGAUCCACCCGGCGUUCCAGGAAAGCACCCCUCUGUUCCAUUCACCAUGAUGCCAAGCUACCAAGAUGUCGUCUAUCUACCCAAUUCUCACUUUCAGCAGCAGCAUUAUCCAAACAACGGAGGUCCUCAUGCCGCUGCUCCACAUGGCCAGUCUUACUAUCAGGGGGCAGCAGCAGCCACACCACCAAGAGUAGCAUAUCAUGCUGCAGCAAUGGGAUCGCCUGGCCUAUCUCCGUACUUUGUCCCAAUGGCAACAACGGUUCAUCAAAACCAACAUGCAGCUUCCCCAUACACUCAUUCUCCGCACACCCGAACUCAGCACCAAAGUCCACUGCCUGAAAAUCCUCCCGCUUUCAUCCACCAGCAUGAACCUCCGAUGCUAAGAAACGUCAGUAUGCCACAAUUCUCUCCUGUCAGGAACAGUAGAACGAGCGAGGUCCAACAAGCCAACGAUGAUGUCGUUUCAGUAGCAUCUAGAACUCGAUCCCGUUCCAGGCGUGAACCAGAACCACCAGUGGGAGUUGAAACAGUGAUUUCCACACAGAGUGAUGGUGCUGAUGGUGCUGAUGUUGAUUCUGUCACCAACAAUAUGAAGUCCACCAUCCUAUAG